AUGUCCGCUACAGACGAUGGAGAGCUCCCCGCAUGUGACGGCAUACAUCCUGUCUGUGGAGCUUGCGCUGCUGCCAAUGUCCCCUGUGUACCUUCAGAUCGCCUCGUUGUCAGACAAGACAGGGAGUGUGAAUGUGACUAUCUCAGAGGUCAAGUAGAGCGUCUAAAAGAUCGCGUCAAUGAACUGCAGACCCGGUUGACGAUGCAAUCGAGACUUCCCUCGGAAGCACUAUCCCAAGACACCAUGCAGUUGCGUCCCAUUGAACGACUAGAACCAGAUGGAUCUGUGGCAAGUCUUGAAAGAGGCUAUGUUGGACGAAUGCUUCUUCCCACGUUCCGAGGAGCGAAUGCCAAUGGAUCUUCCGAGACUGGUUUCAGGAGUGGCCCUUGGCAGUUGUGGAGUGGACUUUCUGCUAGCGACACGCCUCCGACUGCCACGUCAAACACGUUCAACCUCCAUCGCGAUGGAGUUGGAUUGAUAGACGUGUUUUUCGAUCGCAGAUGGCCGCAGUAUCCCGUUAUUCACCGACCAACAUUUAUGGAACAGCACUAUAUUCCCUACUGCAACGGACAGACGCGAAACAGACUAUCUACGUUUGAAGUACAUAUGAUUCUCGCGAUAGGAGCUUCGGAAAAAGCGCGUAGUAGUUCGGAUGCACCCGUUUCUCACGAAUACUUCUUUGAAGCUGCGGUGAGAGAUCUUGACGCUGUUCUGGCAGCUGAGGAUAUUGAUUGUGUGCGGUGUCUUUCUCUGCUUUGUCUGUACGGAAGUAAUGAACCUCAGUCUGUCAAUUUGUGGUACACCGUUGGUAUGGCUUUGAGGCUUGCGGUUGGCAUCGAGAUGCACAGAGAAGAGAGUCUGUCGCAGAGAUCCCUUUUGGACGCGGAAAUGCGAAAGAGACUUUUCUGGAGUCUGUACACGAUGGAUCGAAGCGUGUCGAUAUCUCUCGGUCGACCACUCGGAAUCCAAGACGCAGACAUAACUGUCCCCUUUCCUCUUAUUCUUUCCGAUGAACAACUCGCCGGCCCGCCAGACCGCGCUAUUCCCAAUAUUCUCCCUGAUGUCCGAGACAUGUCAGCCUUUCGCCACAUCGUGGAACUUCGCCAGAUCAACGGAGGAAUUUAUUCGGCUCUUCAUUCAGCUGGAGGUGCAAACUUGGAGAGCGCCAACCUCGACGCCAUCCGCCACCAGCACUACACUCGUCUCAACGCGUGGCUUCUGUCCGCUCCGAGAUAUCUCGCUCCGCUGUCAAUGUAUCAGACACCUGAGUGGUUUCAGAUUGCGUACCACCUAGCUGUUAUCAAUCUCCACCGCCCGUCACACGCUUCUCCCGUUAGCAGCGCCGACGCGAUUCGGCUUUGCGCUGAUUCAUCGAUAAGUUUGAUCAGUUGCUACAACGCGCUGUAUGCCAAGAACAAGAUCAUAUACACUUUUGUGGCGCUUGAUUCUUUGUUUUUGGCAGCUGUCACCAUGUUGCAUUCCAUCCGUGCGAGUUCUAUUGUUCGCCACGAAUUGACUCGGGAGGUGGUAGAGUCUAAUAUUGAGACAUGUGUGAGACUCUUGUCCAAGAUAUCACACGGCAAGACAGUCGGAGAGCGAAGCAUACAGAUUGUUCGAAGGCUGGGAAAUGCGACGCUGGCGGUUUUUGAUAAUAGUUCAUAUGCCGAGGCUGAUAUUGAUACAGAGUUUAUGUCGUGGUUUGGUGUCAAAAGCCAGAACCCAGUGAGGCUGGAGUAUCCUACGCCAACUAUUGAUACUGCGUGGAAUGAUUUGUUUGAGCAUGGGUAUGACUUGACUAGUUUCCAAAAUGGCCAUCUGCUCUUAUAG